AUGACGCAUACGACCACAGCAUUCCGCCACGUGAGCCAGUACGAGCAUCGAGACCCGAGUUCGAGCGAUAUGAUUGGUGCAGCGGCCCAGUGGCCCCAGCGGAAACGCCAAGGUGUUCCGGAGCGCGGAGACUUGGCGCCUCCUGAGGCAAUGAUACAGCCUGCACCGCAGGGUGACUGUCCGGUGGCCUUGGCCCGUCUCUGUCCUCGGAGACCUGCCCCAAUUCCCCCGCCGGUGAUGGAUCCCAUUCCCAGUAUCCCCCCAUGCAACCAUCCCCACUACCUCACCCCUGCUGACGCUGCUGAUGCUGCUUUGGAAGCUGUCGUGAGGAGUGAGUCGCUGGCUUCGAGCCGAUUUAUCCGACGCGUCAUCUCCUGA